UGUAGUUUGACCACCCCUGCAAGACAAGACGACAACAGUGCCACGAUCCUGUAAAUUGUUUGUCAAUAAAAAUUAAUUUUUCUUAGGAGUAUUCCGUGAAGAAUAAGUCGUCGUGAUAGCGUUGUCGCAUUUUUGCUGUAGCUCAUGGGUGGGGUUGAAAAAAUGUCGAAUGAACUUGGAGGAAGUUGAGUUGUUUGAUGAGAUACUUGGAUUUAUCCAUAGUGACUGUAUAUACCUGGUGUACACAUAUACAGAGAGGGGAGCGUUCGAAUACAUGGACACAUGUACAGCUGUCAGUGGGCAUGUGUGGGUACGCUGAAUGAUGCGUAACAUUUUUUUUUCAAUGAUAACAAUUAAUUUGGUCAUUUAUCCUGAGUUGAUUUCUUCUCUGGAUGAUCUUGAAACUUGAGGGGAUUUUUUGCUCAAGAGAUUGCAGGAGUUCAUGAAGAGAUUUGUGAUAAUUCUGAUGUAAACAUUGGGCUUUGGCGGUGAAGCUUCAUUUUGUUGGUUCAAUCAACUCAUUAAAAUAAUCCCUCAGCCACAAUGAUGAUCGUAAAAGAACAGGACAUCCUCGACAACCCCAGCCCUUCAUCUCGGAAUAAUGAAUCAUCGAAACAGUGUAAGCUGUUAAGUUGAUGCACAGAACUAAAAUUCUACCCCCAACGGGAUAAUUACGAUAGCUGAAUUUGUCUCUCGUUGAAGAGCAUCCGAGGAUAUUGAAGAAUAACCCAGUUCAUUAAUGAAUAAAAUAUACCACAGUGUUGAUGAAGUUAAAAGAACUUAUGUGGAGGUGGCAAACUCUCAUCUGAGUAGUCUCAGUGUUGUAAAACUGACUCUGAUGAACAAUGAACCAUUCGGGAAGCGGCAAACGUCAGGCGAAGGUUUUGGAAGAUAAUUACUGGGACUGCAGUGUUUGCACGUAUAGAAAUACAGCAGAAGCAUUCAAGUGCCUCAUGUGUGACGUGCGUAAAGGUACCUCAACGCGGAAACCCCGCAUUAAUCCUCAACUGGUGGCUCAACAGGCGGCCCAACAGCAAUAUGUACCACCGUUGAAACCAGGAAAAAAAGAAGGUGGAAGUGGCAGUAGUACAGCGAGCUCCGUCAAUAGUAAUAAGGAACGUAAACUGGACAAGCCAAGGCGGAAAAAUCGUCAUCCACCUAGAUUGAAAAAUGUCGAUCGCAGUACAGCCCAAACUAACGAAGUAACUGUCAAUAAUGUGACUGUAGUUAUAACAGAAUAUAAGCCUAAAGUGAAAAAGAAUUCGGAUCAGUCGGGUUUGUCCAGCAGUGCAUCCUCUGAAAAUGGUAGUCAACACGAUUCGAAUCAAGACUCACGGAGUCUCGACAUAGGAACCGAUGUUUAGUUUUCCAUUUGUGCUUAAUAUUUAAUUGUAAUGAUUCUUGUGAAAUAAUCAUCUAAUUAUAAUGUACGUACACAUUUUUGUUGAUUCAGCAGGGAGGGUGUCUAGCUAGUUAGUGAUGUGUAUUAAAAUUACACAUUAAUGAUAGUUAUUAAAGUUUAUAGGAAUAAUAAUUUAUUACGAUUAGCCAAGGAUACAUUGUGUAAUAAUAUCGAAUUAUUCAGUUUUCAAUUUCCUUUAUUUCUACUCAAUAUCACAAAUUUUCUACUCGGUGACAAUUACAAAAGCAAAAUGGUCAAAUCAAACUCCUGUAUAAAUUUUAUAUGCAGCAGCAUAAUUUAAUAUCUAUGCAUUUACACUGCCGUAUUUUUGUUCAAUUUAUUUUUCUGACAUUCGAUAUACAUUUAUGAUAUAUCAAUAAUCGGAAAUAGAAUGCAAUAAAUAAUAAAUAUGUUCGGGGUAAUCGGUCAGAAUGGAAAUAUACUUGUAUUUUUUUUUUAUAUGUACGAUGAAACUCAUAGGUGUAAAUUAUUGAAGUAGUGAACAAUGAAAAACAAAAGGAAAAUAAAAAUCUAACUUUGUUGAAUUGA